GGUGCUGCCUCCGCUGCUGACUAUAUUGCAGAGAGCCUCAGAGCGCUUUGCCCCCUCUCUGCUCUGACUUUCGUCGAGUGUCAACCACUGCCUCCAAGUGAACCGGGCCAACAUGGCUGGAUAUUUGAAAGUCCUCAGCUCUCUGUCCAGAUCGGCCGCUGCUUUUUCCAGAAACCCCGCGGUGAUUGCACCGGCUGCGAAUUGUCAGCAACAAAGAAACUAUGCCGACAAACGCAUCACAGUGUCCCAGCCGGUGGUGGAGAUGGACGGAGAUGAGAUGACCAGGAUCAUCUGGGAGUUCAUCAAAGAAAAGCUCAUCCUGACCAAUGUCGAUGUUGAGCUUAAGUAUUAUGACCUGGGUCUGCCAUACCGUGACCAGACUGAUGACCAGGUCACCAUCGACUCUGCCCUGGCCACUAAGAAGUACAGUGUGGCGGUGAAAUGUGCCACCAUCACACCAGACGAAGCCAGAGUGGAAGAGUUCAGCCUGAAGAAGAUGUGGAAGAGCCCCAACGGCACCAUCAGGAACAUCUUGGGUGGCACCGUCUUCCGUGAGCCAAUCAUCUGCAAGAACAUUCCCAGGCUUGUUCCAGGCUGGACGCAACCCAUCACCAUCGGCAGACACGCUUUCGGUGACCAGUACAGAGCAACAGACUUUGUUGUGGACCAGCCUGGCAAAUUUAAGAUCAUCUUCUCACCUGCUGAUGGUAGUACAGCCAAGGAGUGGGAGGUCUAUGACUUCCCUGCAGGAGGCUGUGGAAUGGGCAUGUACAACACAGACGAGUCUAUCACAGGCUUUGCCCACAGCUGCUUCCAGUAUGCUAUUGCCAAGAAGUGGCCCCUGUACAUGAGCACAAAAAACACCAUUCUCAAAGCCUACGAUGGCAGAUUUAAAGACAUCUUCCAGGAUAUCUUUGAAAAGCAUUACAAGCCCGAGUUUGACAAACUGAAGAUCUGGUAUGAGCACAGGCUUAUUGAUGACAUGGUUGCCCAAGUCCUCAAGUCUUCUGGAGCCUUUGUAUGGGCUUGCAAGAACUACGACGGAGACGUGCAGUCCGAUAUCCUCGCACAGGGUUUCGGCUCUCUGGGGUUGAUGACAUCAGUUCUCGUGUGCCCUGAUGGCAAGACUAUCGAGGCUGAGGCCGCCCACGGCACCGUGACCAGGCACUAUCGCGAGCACCAGAAGGGAAGGCCGACCAGCACCAACCCCAUCGCCAGCAUCUUUGCCUGGACCAGAGGCCUGGAGCAUCGCGGCAAACUUGAUGGCAACCCCGACCUCAUCAAAUUCUCCCAGACUCUGGAGAGGGUGUGCGUCGAGACUGUUGAGAGCGGCACAAUGACCAAGGACCUCGCAGGCUGCAUCCACGGCCUGUCCAACGUCAAGCUUAACGAGCACUACGUCAACACCACAGACUUCCUCGAUGCCAUCAAGACAAAUCUGGAUAAAGCUCUCGGCAAGUAAAGGACUUGAAAGAGAUUAGUUAGCCUGGAGAUGGCAACGUCACUCAUUGUUUUUGUACCUCAUUUUUAACUUAAAGGUCAAUUAAAUCCACUUGUAUUUUGACUGAAGGAGAAAAAGUACUGUGUAUAGGAUAAUGUAGUAUUCUAUUAGGUUAUCAAAUACUGUAGUUGAGAGCUGUGCGUCCACCUGAUGCCUCCCUAACUAUCUGUCCCACUAUUUGCAAGGUUUUAUUUUUGUAAUGUGAAGUACUGUAUUCAAAACUGUAAUGCCUUGGGCAAGACUGAAGCCUGUCAAACAUACCUGCAAAUAAAUCCUGUUUGACCCACGA